GCCCCGGGCCCCCCUCGCCCCUGCCGCCGCCCCCCGGGCCGGCCCCCCGGAGUGCUGAGCCCCCCGAGCGAGGCCAGCCCUACCACGCAUGGAGCCCGGCGGCCAGCGGGAUGGGGAGCCCGGGCCGGGGGCGGCGCGCGCGCUGGACGUCGACCCCGAUUUUGAGCCCCAGAGCCGGCCCCGCUCGUGCACAUGGCCCCUUCCCCGGCCUGAGCCCGCGACUCUGGGGCCCGAGGGGCGGCCUGAACCGGGGCCGCCGCUGCCGCCACUUCUGCUGCUGCCGCCGCCGCCGCCGCGGCCGCCGCUGCCCGAGCCCGGGGGGGGGCCCGGUGCCACCGGCCGCCUAGGGGCCCCCGUCGGGGCCGCCGCCGCAGCCACUGCCGCCGCCGCCGCCGCCGCCACGGGGCCCCGCAAGGGUGGCUCCCGCCGGAACGCCUGGGGGAACCAGUCGUACGCCGAGCUUAUUAGCCAGGCCAUUGAGAGCGCCCCAGAGAAGCGGCUGACACUGGCCCAGAUAUACGAGUGGAUGGUCCGCUCCGUGCCUUACUUCAAGGACAAGGGCGACAGCAACAGCUCCGCCGGAUGGAAGAAUUCCAUCCGACACAACCUCUCCCUGCAUAGCAAGUUCAUCAAGGUCCACAACGAGGCCACAGGCAAAAGCUCUUGGUGGAUGCUAAACCCCGAGGGCGGCAGGAGUGGGAAGGCCCCGCGCAGGAGGGCAGCCUCCAUGGACAACAGCAGCAAGCUGACCCGCGGCCGGGCCAAGGCCUCCAAGAAGAAGACAGCAGCACUACCUGAGGGGGCUGAGGGCCCUGCUCCCGCUAGCCCAGGGAGCUACUACCCCAGAUGGCCAGGUAGCCCUAGUCCACGGAGCCCUGAUGACUCUGAGGUGUGGACGGCCUUCCGCCCACGCAGCAGCUCCAAUGCCAGCAUGGCCAGUGCCCGACUGUCCCCCAUGGGGACAGGGCUGGGACCAGAGCCUGAAGGGGGGGUGGCUGAGGAGGAGGUGCUGGCCUCCCUCACUUACCCAGGCAGUGUUCCCCCAACAGUCAGUGAGGAGCUUGAGCUGCUGGAUGGCCUCAAUCUCGCGACCCCAAGGCCCCUUUUGCCGCAGGGGGCUGCCUCGGGCUUCUCCCUGCAGCCUGCUGGGGGCUCUGGCCCUGCAGCUGCCUUUACUGGCCCCCUGUUUGGCCCUUCUGAGGGGGCUCUGCCACCUGGGGAAGGGCGCUUCUCCAGCUCCCAGACUCUGGAGGCCCUGCUCACCUCUGAUUCCCCUCCCUCCACUGAUGUCCUUAUGACCCAAGUAGAUCCCAUCCUCCCCCAACCCUCCACCCUUCUUCUGCCCAGCGGGCUGCCUGCUUCCAGCCCACUGCCCCCAGGGGUCAGCCUGGGCCCUAAGCCCUUGGAAAGCCAAGGCCCUGGCCCUCUGCCUCCUGCCCUUGCCCUGAUGGCGCCACCUGUGGGCAUGGAAAGCACCCCUGCCCCUAAGGCCCCAGAGCCUGCUGUGCCCCCUCUCUCCGAUGAAGCUACAGACCAAGACCAAAUGCCCCAGGACCUGGACCUAGACGUGUACAUAGAGAACCUGGAGUGUGACAUGGAUCACAUCAUCAGCGACCUAGUGGAUGGGGGUGAAGGGUUGGAUUUCAACUUCGAGCCUGGGUCUGGAGCUCCUAGUUACCCUAACAACUCCCAACCCUCUGCCCACUCCUGGGUCCCCAGCUAAGUCUGACCAGGUCCCUGGACCGUAGCUGGGAGCUCCUUCCCCUGCCCCCACCCCCAAGAAGGAGCCGAGAAUGUCCCUUUUCCUUCCUACCCUUGGUCCCUCCCCCGGGACCAGAGUCCCUCAGGUCCGGGCAUGGGGGACUUAUAAAUGUCCAACUGCUUUCAAGGGGGUAUCUGAGGGGUGGGAGGGAGGGGGUUAUUCUCACUGUGCCAACAGGGGCUAAGGCCCCCCCUCCCCCCUCCCAGGAGCCACCCUCUGCCUCUGUUCCCUUCCCCCUGCCCCCCAUCAGAGCGUCCCUGGGCGCUGCCACAUACACUCACCACGCAUAUACACACACACACUCCCCCAAAGGCUUUGGGGCCUCUGCCAGGGCAGGCAGUGCUCCUGGGAAUGUGAAGCCGCUAGUGGCCUUACCCCUGCCUUUGGGAGCAGGACCUUUUGUAGAGAGCUUUAUCCAGGCAGGCCAGGCCAGGCCAGGCGGGCUGGGCUGGGCCAGGCUGGGUGGGCUGAGCUGAGCUGAGCUGAGCUGAGCUAAGCUAAGCUGGGCUAAGCUCAUUCUCUCCCUCCCCGUUGGGUUUGUUCGCUCUGCCCACUCUGCUCAGCUGAGCCUGAUUGGCCACAGCCAGCCAAGGCCUGGGUUUUUUUUAUGCAGUGACCCCCAAACUGGGGGUGGGUGGGGGCAGGGACAGAGGAGGGCCAAGCCUGAGCCCUGGAGCAGCCAGCCAGGCCAAGGCAACCCUUUGGAAAGCUGCAGAUAACCUAAAAGCUUUUUAUAAACUUUUUACGAUAUAUAAACACAAGUAUAGAGAUUUUAACAGAGAGGCAAGGUGCUAGGGAUUGGGGGGGGGAUUGCUUUUCUUUGUGAAGGCUUUAUAAUCGUGACACAAGGCAAACACUACAGACAGCAGACAGACAGACAGACACAUCCAGAUGCUAGGGAAGGAGAGUCAGUCCCUGGCAAGCCCCAGGGGAAAGGGGGAGAGGAAUUGCAGAAAGAUGGAACAGCCUGGUCUCCCCAGGGAGAAGCCAAUCCCAGGAAGGCCAAGGGUGCUGGGGGGCCUGUGGUGGCUUAGGGAAGGAUCCCCCAUUUGUUUGGAGAAGGAAGGAGCUGAAGUGCCCUGGGUCCAGGGCCAGUCUUCAGUCCUGGGAGCUCCUGCCUGGGCACUGGAUUCAGUGCUGCUGCUGCCGCUGCUGCUGCUGCCGCCGCUGCCACUGCCACUGCCACUGCCGCUGCCGCCGCCGCCGCUGCUGCUGCUCCCACCGCUGCCGCCGCUACCACCACCAACACCGCCACCACCACCGCCGCCACCACCACCACCAACACCGCCAGGGCUAGGGGAUGACUUGGGUGGGUGUCUAGAGACUACCCUCCUCAGAGCCUCGGCCAGCUCCUCCCCCAGCUCCCUCAGCACAGUCCCUUGCCCCUUCCUGCUGUGGGUUCCCAUCGUGUCCCUGGGUCCUGCCCAGAUUGUGUCAAUGUAUGUAUGUACUAGAUCCAAGUGAGAAAGUGUGUCAAAUGAUUAAAUUAAAUAAAUGGAAACAUAAAUAAAGAAAUAAAUACCUAGAA